AUCUAGAAGGUUGAUCUUUCAUCUUUCUUCAUUGCAAAGAAAACGAAACCGUGUCUGCAAAAUUAUAUAAUAUGGAUAACCCAUGAAUUGAACUUCUAUAAAUCAAAAGUUUAUUAGCACCAACCAAACCAUCAAUUCUUCCAAAGAGUUCUCACUGAAUCAGAUAACCAAUCUUGUUCUGCCGCUUUUUGUGUUUUCCCCCUUUUACCUUCCAUUCAAUUCCCCAUUUAGUAAAGAUGACAGGCACUCCUCAAGAGACAGAAACCCAACAAGUACCUCCACCACCACCAUCUCCAAAGGCUGAUCAAGAGGCAGAACUCCAUGGACCAACCUCAUCUGCCACUGUCACGGAGGAAUCCCACCCUAAGGAUCACCCACCAGCAUCGGAUGAGAAAACCAAGAAAUGGGGCACCCACAUCAUGGGACCUCCAGCAGCACCUAACGUCCACCCUGACAACCAACAGGCUGCCUUAUGGAAUGCCAGUGAGCACCAGCAAAUCCCCGAGCACCCAUACCUGGUUUAUACUCCCAUUGACAAAUCAGAAAUGACAACCCAGAAAUCUUUUGAACCUGUGAUCCAUAAGUUUCAGGAAUGGGGCAAGAUGGCAGAGACCGUAGCCCGUAACAUCUGGCACAAUCUUAGCACAGCGCCAUCUGUGCCACAAGCUGCCUGGGGUAAGGUAAACCUGACGGUGAAAGCAAUCACUGAGGGUGGCUUUGAGUCUCUCUUCAAGCAUAUAUUUGAAACGGAUCCUAAUGAGAAGCUGAAGAAGAGUUUUGCUUGUUACCUUUCAACAUCUACUGGCCCUGUUGCCGGGACGCUCUAUCUAUCAACUGCUCGUGUCGCGUUCUGCAGUGACCGUCCUCUGUGCCAUACUGCUCCUUCAGGGGAGGAGGCGUGGAGCUAUUACAAGGUUAUGAUACCCUUGGACAAAAUAAGUACAGUCAGCUCGGAGACCAUGCUGGAAAAUCCAUCAAGGAAUUUCAUUCAAAUUGUCAGCACCGAUGGGCACGACUUCUGGUUUAUGGGUUUCGUUAAUUUCGAGAAAGCCUUGCAAAAUCUAUCAGAGAGCGUGUCAAGUUUCAAGGAAGCAGGAAUUGCAAUUCAACCAGUUGUUGCUUAGCCAAUGAUUGCAUUUGGAGUUGAAUCCUUCAUGCCCUUCAAAAUUUUGAUUUUCACUGUUUCUAGUGGAUUUAUUGUUUGUUGUCUGAAGGGGGUUUUCUUUUGUUUUUCCUCUUGUCAUUCAUUUAUCCUCUUCUAUCAUGUAUUCUUUUCUUUGAUUGUUGAUUAUAUAGUUAUGUAGAUUUUUGAAAACGGAGUUGCAGUUGGAUAUAUUUUCUGAUA